GUGAAUAUUGUUAUCUAGCAUGUAAAAUGUUCCUAGUAUGUUCAUGUUACUAAUAUGAGUUCAUGUUAUAAAAAAUUCAAUUUUACUUGCAAUUAAUGGGUAUACUUAUCAUUUCUCAUUGAUGUGUUAUAGGCAUGGAUUCAAAGGAAGAGAAAACCCCUUCACAAAAAAAAUAUAGAGGGACAACAAGGAAAUCCAUGAUUAUAAGGAAUAGGAAUAGAGGGAUAAAGUUGGUCAUAAAGUACAAUGCUGAUGGUAUCUAUGUAGGAGAAUCUUCUGUGCACCUAACAAGCUACUUAGGUGUAUUGGCACGUACGAUGGUACCAAUCAGAUAUAACACAUGGCGAGAUGUCCCUGAACAAUUGAAGGAUAAGUUGUGGGACUCUAUUGAGAUUGCUUUUACAUUAGACAAGAAAAGCAGAAGGAAUUGUAUGCUUACAUUGGGAAAAUGUUUUCGAUCUUUUAAGAACACGUUGACUGUGAAACAUAUUCUUCCUUUCAAAGAUGAGCCAGAGCUUCUUAAGAAACCACCAACUGAAUAUCAUUUUAUCGAUGAUGAAGAUUGGAAUAUUUUUGUGAAAAAUAGGUUGUCUGAAAAAUUCCAGGAAUAUAGGGAAGUACAAAAACAGAGAAGAAAGAAGCAUAUAUAUAAUCAUCAUCUAAGUAGAAAAGGGUAUGUUGGACUUGAAGAAGAGAUGAAAUAA